AUGGAUAUGCGUAUAACUACUCCAUACGACGAAGAACUGGAAGAUAUAGAAGAAUUCAACAACUGGAUGCAAGCCCGUGAAAUGCUUAAACAUAAUAAGUCAUAUUUAAAUAAAAAUGUUGAUAGUGCUUGUCCGAAUAUUAAAAAGUUGGUAUUACCAGGGGAAGCAGUGUUAAGUAAGGAAGAUAAAGGUCGUUUUUUAAAAGGUAGUGGGUUAUAUGAAGAGAAUGAAAAUUUUUAUGCAUGUAUAUUAGGUACAGUAAACUAUAUAAACAAAUUAGUGUAUGUUGAACCAUUAAGAGGAAAAUAUACAGGAGCAGUAGGAGAUCUAUUAGUGGGUAAAAUAAAAGAUAUAAAUAAUGACAAAUGGGUGGUUGAAAUAGGUUCAUAUUGUAGAGCUUUAUUAUCUAUUUCUCAAACAAAUAUUAGCUUAUUUAGUCAAAGAAUAAGAUUAUAUAAUGAUGUUAUAAAUAUGAUUAAUAUAUAUAAGCCUAAUGAUAUUAUAGCAUGUGAAGUACAAAGAAUUUUAAAUGAUGGUUGUAUUAUUUUACAUACUAGAUCAUCUAUCUAUGGUAAAUUAACUAAUGGAGUUUUAAUCACUGUCCCACAAACUCUAAUACAAAAUCAAAAGAAACAUAUUUUUGUGUUUUCAUGUAAUGUUCAAAUUAUCCUAGGUAUGAAUGGUUAUAUAUGGAUUUCAUCUCCUCUAAAAAAGUCAAAGGAUACUAACCCCAAUAGUAUUGAUGAAGAUAUUGAAGGGAACAAAUUUGAAGAAGUUGAUGAUAAUACUAGAAAAAAUAUUAGUAUCAUUAGUAAUAUUAUUAAAUUACUAGCAAAGUAUCAUAUUAAUAUUAAUUAUGAUAUUAUUACUAAAAUAUAUAUGCAAUACACCACCAAUAAAAACAAUACCACCAGCUAUAUUUUAAAACCUUAUGUGUCUGAUUCGUACCUAUUCAAUUAUAUUGAUAAGUUUAUUAAAUGA